AAAAACUAAUUUGAAUAGAACAUCAAUACUAUUUUCAUGACUCACAUGUGGCCUCAAAGGACCGAAGCCAGGUGUAGAAAUAUGUUAAAAAUGAACACCUAAACCAGGUAAGACACCAGGGCCAGGCAAGCAUUACAGUAUAGGCGUGCCAAACUAAAUUGCUUCACUUGAAGCAGCACACGCUCACUCCAACAAGGCAGCCAAACCAGUUUUUGACAACCUCCCGAAAAAAACCAAACAGACGGCAGCGCAGAUGUACAGUCGCAAUAAUGCAGGGAGACACGGAGGAGAGCAACGGACGCUCUGACCCCACCAUCACGUGCAGCAGGGAAUUUUAUCGAGCAGUGAUGGAAGAAGACCUGGCAUGUAUUGACGACAUGUCAAGAAAGUAUGGUACCGACUUUUUUCUCAGGAUACCAGCAGGGACUGGCGUGUGGAAGGGUCCAAACAUCCAUCCCAUUCAUUUUGCUGCUUCUAACAGAAGAGUGAAAAGUCUCCAAAGGCUCCUGGCAUUAGGGGCAGACCCUGGAAUCAGGAACCAGCAUGGUCAAACAGCUCUGCACUUGGUGAUAUCUGCGUGGCCAAGCUUUGAGAUAAGUGGGUCAAAACCGGAUUCCAAGUUCCAUGGUGCUGUAACUAACAUGUGCAGACGGGCAGAGGUUUGUCUGCGGCUGCUUUGUGACGUCCCAGUCAACGUCAAUACACAGGUGGAGGACAAGCGUCAGCAGACUGCCCUCCAUCUUUCAGUACAAUGCCAGUCACUACCUGCGGUCCAGAUACUGUGCAGCUACGGCGCAGACGUGAAUCUUACGGACAGCUCGGGGAUGACACCACUUCACAUGUCUGCAGGCAUCCUCCACAAGGACAUCACCGAUUGCUUGGUUGAACAAGGAGCCGACAUCAACAUGGGAGUGAAGAGCUCAGGAAACACCCCUCUACAUUUAGCGCUUGUGGCAAUUGCUCUAAAAAGCCAGAAAAACCUGGAAGACCACAUGACCUUCAUUAGUGACCUUCUAGAAAAGGGAACAAGACCAGAUGUGUUGAACAACGCCGGACGGACACCUCUACAUGAAGCCUGCAGUUUUGGGAACAAGCUCUUGGUAGACCUGCUCCUGAAACACGGAGCUGACGUCAAUAAACUGACCAGUUCCGGGGAAAAUUGCCUUUUCCUCUUCCUGAACUACCCGCCGAAUGUGAGGAACAGAGCCCUGAUGGUGAAACUCCUGAGUCUGACAUCUCCACUCACUGUUCAUGACAUAAAAGGUCAGUUGCCAUCAACUCUGAUGCUACCUUGCUUUGCUCAGCAGCGAGAGCAGAUGCUGAAACUCACUCAACAGCCAAGGAAACUUCUGGACCUCUGCAAGAACCUUCUAUAUUUAAACUAUAUUCAAUCAGGGAAAGAACACUUGAAAGCAAUACUUCCUGAAACCAUGUACAACUCUGUCUUCAACUGUUUGGAGGAGAGAGUUGACAUUUCAUUUGAGACUGACGCUAAUUUGUUUGAUACAACUAACAGUAACCCGCAGGGACAGACGGUUCGGACUUCAUCACCCACAUCAUAAAAGUUCACACAAGACAAUGUACCAUAAUUCCUGGACUAUAAACUCCUGCUUCUUUCCCACAGUCUAAAGCCCAUGGAUUAUACAACGCGCCUAACAUAUGGAUAUUUGCAGGCUAAAGAGUGUCAUGCUGCCAAAAUAUUGAGCCUCAUCACAUCAAACUGACAAAAUCACAGGCGUUUUAUUGACCAUAAAGCGCUCAAAAUGCGCUGUUUUCGCCCGCGUGUCCACAGCUCUGCCAACAGAGCUGAUGUCCCUCAGGUCCGGAGACGAGAAGCAGAAGACUGUGGUGUUCGAACUUCUGACACUUGAGCACUUUAAUGUACAUGAAUGUAAGAUGUGAUGUGAGUCUAGUUCAGAAUAUUGAAGAGUUUGUUUCAUGACUAGUUUAGAAGUGAUCCUAAUGAAUUUUUAAGCACCAGUGACCUUUUUAUGGCACAGGCAGCACCACUGUACCUGUGGCUUAUAGACCAGAGUGGCUUAUGUAUGAACAAGAGCUAUUUUCCGUCUUAACUUUAGAGGGUGUGGCUAAUAUUCCGGUGCACUCUAUAGUCCAGAAUUCACAGUAAAUUUCUUUUGAAGGGGCAUUACCUUUAGGUCUCUAUGCAUGAUGCCUUCAGAGUGAAUGUACUCUACCCCUUCAAGAACCUUCCUCAGCAGAGUGGUAGUGUGUUCAGGGUCAACGCCUGCAUAAGGACCUGAAAAUGUUCAAGAGCAAUAUUUUACAAAAUGACAUGUUUCACAAAUGAACCAAUCAGCAUAAAAUAAAUGUGGACAGAUCUGAAAAAAAAAAAAGAAUUUGGAAUUGAUUUAAAUGAAACAACUCGCUUACACUUUGAUGACUGUUUAGGUUUGGCGUUCCGCUCAGUCAACCAAUCCAUUAGUGAGCGCUCACACAGCUGCAUCUGGAUGUAGAGCAUCAGGUGGAACUGAACCUGCAGUGGAGGAUGUGUAUGUCACACUAAUGUCCCCCAAAUUCAGCAAAAAUGCUCUGAACUGUGGUAGGACCAACCUCAACUAAAGGCCUCAGUGUGUGUUUUCCUGCCAACAGCCCACCAGCCUCACUGAGGGAGUUGUUGUUCACCUCAGAGCUGCUCCGCUCUGACUCAUCUAAUGGUGCUGAGGUGUCCCAAUCAAUAGCGGGGCAUUUGGAGAUUUUUGUGGGAGCUUUUUGUCCCAGAAACACACAGGGAACAUAGUUUUCUGGGAUACGUGUCAUAUUCUUAGGGCAUGAGACUUGCCCAGUCGAGACAUGAACAGGGAGGCUCUCUUGCUGAGGCAGUGAGUCACUUGAGAUAGGAUCAAUCGGUGGCUGGGACAGGCUUUGAAAAACAAUGGAUGAGCUGGAACUGUGGUCGUCUCGGCAUUCAGCAGAACUGCAAACACAAGCCAAUAAAAAUGGAAAUAGAAAUGUUAACUGAUAGAAAUCUCUCUUAAAUGUUUUAACAGAUGAAAAUUCACAAAGUAAACUUUUACUCAGAUGAGACAUGUAUUCAUUUUCUUUAUCAUAAAACGUAAGUGUCUUACAUGUCUUGCAAUCCUGGUGAUUCAAGUGCCGGUAGUACAGAUGUGGGGUCUGCAAACAGAUAUGCAUAUUUCAGUAGAAAUUUAAGACAAGAAGGUGUGACUGACAAGAUAAACCAAACCAACAUGCUGCAGGCUGCACAUGUUCCAUCCAGGCUGUGUGAUAACCCACAACGUUGACAUGCUGCAAGCUGGACAACACUUUGACUUCUCUGAGGACCUGUAGCAACAACCCAGACCAAACAGCAUUAUUGACCAUAGAAAAUACAUAUGAUGAAUACAGAAUCUACACUGAAUACCUUCAUACAGUCUUCUUUUGACACAUUUUUGAUGAGAAUCUUCUUAACAGCAUAGAACUGCCCAUCCAGUUUGUUGAGAACCUUCAAGUCAGAAACCAAAGAAAACUAUGGAUGCGGUCGUGCGUUUCAAUAUAGCUUACAAUAUUUCACAGCUAAUACCUUGUAGACAUUUCCGUAUGAGCCUUUCCCGAGACGAACGAUUUCUUCAAACUCACUGAGAUAACGCGAGGUCUGUGCUUGGAAUAGCCCUUCCUUCGGUCUGCACCAAGUACAACACUGAAAUCAGCUCAUGAGGUCACAUCAUUUACUUUUUUUACACACCCCAAGUUUGACAUAUAAUGUAUAUAUCAUCGCUAUGCUUCAGAGCAUUACAUUUUCUGUCGUGGCUUUCAUGUUUUUAUAUGUAUGGAGUAGACAUUUAAAGGCGCCACACCUGAAACAAUUCUUUGU